AUGAUAUUACUGAAUACUUUGUAUUUAAUAUGCAAAAUUGUCAAAGACUACGCAGCAGAAGCUGUCCAAUUUUUUGUUAAAAAAUUGGAAAAAUUUGGGCCUGAAUUGCAGAUUAAAUCAUUGCUUGGCCAUCGUUCCCAAGCAGCACCAGAAAUCCGUUUAGUUUCGGGUCGUCACCUAAAAGAGUUUGCCGAGUUUCUGGCCUCACAAAUCGACCAUUUUGUUGUCGAAGGUGAUAGAGUAAGAUUAGCAAAUAUGUCAGAACCAAAAACUUGUCCUGAUGAAUUUGUUGAUGAAGAAGGGCGUCCAUUAGCUGGGCACAAAGCAAAAUUGGCAGCUAUUGAAUUUAUGAAAUCUGUUCUGGAACAAAACGAAGAACAGCCUUAUCCACUUGAUUUAUUUUACAAAAAAUUCUGUGAACAUUUUCCCCAUCAUAUUCGACAGGAAGUUGCUACAAAUCCUAAGGAAUUAUUAAUGUUUCUAAAAUUAAAUCGUCAUCUUUUCUUCAUUCGUUCAAAUAAAGUUCAAUUAGUUAAAAAUCGUAUACCAACAUCUGAAGAACAACAAGAUUCUGAAAGUGGAAGAUCUACAGAGGAUAUUGGGGGUGGAGGAAAUACAACAGGUUCUUCUUCCUCUUCUAGUGAAAGAAGUAAUGUUGCAAGUCCAGAAGUUAUUACAACAACAAAAAAUAAUUCAGUUACAAAUAUUAUAUCACCAGUUAUGUUUCCUUUAUGUAGAGAUAAUUUACACUAUGUACAAUUUGUUAAUACUUUGAAAAAAGCACAGGAUGCCGUAGCUUCUCUAAAAUCAGACUUAGAAGCAGCUUUACCCAACGACCCUUCCAACUUUCUAGUUGUUGAUUUUAAACUUGUCUGUCUUGGUGGUGGUUCUCAUCAUACCCCAUCUGAACAAUUUGUUGCCCUAGUAAUUGUUUCAACUCCUUUAACAAAUAAAAAAUCACAACAACAAGGACAAUUAAUUGUUUUUGAUUUGGCACAUUGUGAAGGAAUAUUAACUGAUAAAGGAAGUCUUGGGGAAUUAUUAGAAUCAGAUAAAAUUAUUAAAGUAACUCAUGAUGUUAGAAGAGCUGCCUGGUUACUUGGACAAAGAUAUGGAAUUGAAAUUAAAAAUGUUUUUGAUACACAGAUUGCUCAUUCGGUCAUUCAACACCACAAAUUUGGAAAGCCUAUGGGAGAAUUAAGAGCUAUUUCUUUUGUUAAUCUUCAACGUGUUUAUAACCCUCAAUCAUUGGUGCUUAGCGACAUUAGUCCUAGAAAACUUUCACAAACACCAAAUUGGGCUGAUCGUCCUGUAACUCCAGACAUUCUCCUUUCUGCUUGUGAGGAAAGUCAUUGUUUGGCUAACGGUCUUUUUCGUUUGUUGGACUCCCAAUUGCCUCCACAGCUUCGUCAGUUUUUUGAACAACUCUGUAUAGAAGCAAUAACAACUAAUAAUAUGGAACAGCAGCAACUAAAUCCUGUAUUAAAUAGAAAUGGAAAUAUUGCUCAACAAAACGGAUGCUCAGAAUUAGUGGGGGGACAGCAGCAACAACGCCGCCCAUUGCCGCAACCGCUUAUGGAACUCCCUUUGAAUGGCAAGUGUCCCAUUCCCAUUUAUUCGUGUUUGGGUCUUGUUAUAUGUAUUUAUCGCCCUCCAGGCAUCCGUCGUCGAGGAUCCAUUCAACCUCCUUCACUUCUUAAUGGAGGAAGCCCACUUGGAAGUCCACUUUUUGGAAAUUCCCCAUUCAGUGGAGGAGGGUAUAUUCCUCCACCUUUGAGAAAAGUUUCUGCUCCAAUGGCAGCUCAAUCACUUAUGGGACAAUGCCGUUCACCAACAAUAAGAAAUGUUUUUGGAGGUUUCCCAAUUCCAACAACACAAAACCAAAAAUGUGAAAUGAGAGAUGCAGAAACACAAACAAUAAGUACUGGAGAGAUUGCCGUUUUGAAAGUUUACUAUGACGAUGAAGAAAAAGAAUUAACAAAUGGAAAUUCAAACAAAACUUUAAAAUCAAAUGAUAAGGCAAUUAAAAUUGAAAAUAUUGAGACAAAUAAAGAAGAAAAGCAACUUUUAAAUGUAAAGGAAGAGGAAAAACAAAAUCAAGAUUCUGUUGGAGAAACAAUUUUGGAAGGAAAUGAAAGUGUUUAA